AUGUCCGGCGUCGACGCUUCCGACGACCAGGUGCGCGCCUCACGCCCUCUUCCCCCCCCGCGCGCGCGGCCGCGUUUCGUGACGCGUCCAGCGGCUCUUUUCUUUUCGCUCGCGCGGCGCGGCUUCGCGCGGGCGCGCGCGCGCGACGGGGCAUCUCCGCGCCGCCGCCGCGCGCGCUUUCGACUCACGAGGUCAUCCCCUGCCCCACCCCCUGUGCAGGACCUCUGCGAGUACGAGCUCCUGCGCGAGGAGAACAUCAGGAAGAACAAGGCGUUCAUGCUCUCGCUCGGACUUCAGGAGCUCGGGCAACGCGUCGGCGGUCAAGACGCGCCCGCCGCCGGCGGCGCGACCGGGUUCCAGCCCGUGCGCCGCCGCGUGCCGCAGACGCCCGCGCCCGCGUCGCACCCGAUGAGCCUGCGCGAGCGCACGACGCCCAUCAACUACGCGGAGAAGGACCCCGCGCCGCCGCGGGCGAAAAACCCCGGCGCGAAGCGCGCGCGCGACGAGUUCGACUCCGAGCCCGAGGAGUCCGUCGACGGCCGCGACUCCGACUCCGAGUCGGAGUGGGAGUCGGAGUGGGACAACGAGCCGCACCCGGACUUGAACUACAACGCGGGCUACACGAGCUUGAAGCAGGUCUACGACGAGGACCCGGAGAAGCAGGCGCAGGGGAUGCGGAUGGCGCACCUGAAAGUCGCGAAGAACGACGACGACUGGCACCGCUUGUUCAACAAACAGUCGCGCGAGAGGCGGCUACAGCGGAAACAGCUCCUCGACGGGUGGGCGGCGAGGAAAGCCGCGAAGGAGGCGAGGCGCGCAGCGAGGGAGGCGAGGCGCGCGGCGAGGCUCGCGGCGAAGAACGGCGAGCCGCUCGCGCUGGAGCUCGAGGAGGAGCCCGAGCCCGAGGAGGAGGAGGACGACUGGCGCCCCGCGCCGCCCGCGCCGACGAACCGCGGCGGCGGCGGUCGCGGCGGCGGCGUCGGCGGCGGCGGCGCGCGCGCGAUCACUUUCGCCGUCCCGACCGGGGGCGUGGUCGAGAUCGUGCCGGGUAUUAACCCGAAGAAUCGUCGCGCGCACCCUGUGUUCGCCAAGGCGCCGACCGGGCCGAAGCCGGCUGGCGGGUACGUUCACUCCCACCGCGCGACGACGACGACGACGCGACUUCUUUUCAUUUCAAAUUUCUACCCGCGCGCGCGCGUUUUAGUUUUUCCGCCGCCGCGGCGACUGACCGUUCCCGCCCUCGCCGCGCGCAGGCUGUGCGAGAUGGGGUGCGCCCGCUCGCACGAUCUGUGGAACACCCCUCUGUGGCGCCGUAAGGUCCUGAACGGCGUGGAGGUCAUCUGCUGCGUCGCGUGCCGGACGACGGUGGAGAACCACGUCAAGUUCCCGCGCGGCGGCGUCACCGUGUGCGCGCUCUGCCCCGCGACGGAGACGAGCGAGUUCCGCGUCGUCAAGGGCACGGGCAUCGUCUGCAACCCCUGCAGGUGCAAGCUCCGCAACAAGAAGAAUCGCGACGCCGGGAUCAAGUGCGUCGAGUGCAAGCAGCUCAACCGCUCGGACCUGAGGGCGGUCAAGGGGGAGGCCGGCGCGCACAUCUGCAACGCGUGCUGGAUCACGAAGCGCACGAAGGAGCUCAACGACGCCAGGACGAAGUGCGUCCGGUGCGGUAAGGGAGGCAAGUCGGCCUGGACCGCGUGCCCGGACGGGUUCUGCUGCGCCACGUGCUACAAGAAGGAGCUCAGCGCGGCGAAGAAGCAGAAGAAGUAA